AUGACGGAGCAGCCCGCCACGCUACUCCAACUUCUCCUCGCCCAUAAAUUGAGGCCAACACUGGACCUCCUUGGUACUGCUCCUUCUAUCAAGUCCACCUACGCUGCCGCGACUGUUCUUGGGCUUGCCAGCUCUGACGAUUGGUUGCCCGCCUACACCUCCCCUAGUUGUCCCAUGCAUAUACGUGCCCUUCAUGUCUUUCACACAAAUGCUCAAGUCACUCAACUGGCCAGGCUCUCUAGCCUUAAGUGUCUACAGUUCAACGCUUACGGCCAACUCGGCAAGCUUGACCAGCUCCUCGCAUUCAUGCGGUCGCACAGCAUAGCUGUAGCAGUUAUCCCAGAGAGGAAGUGGUCUAACUUCACCAAGGUCCCUUCCUGUGCUGACUACACGAUUGUCUGUCGCGACCGCUGUCGCAACAAAGGCGGAGGUUUGGCCUUCUUUGUGGACAAAUACAUUGCUUACCAUCAGCUAGCACCGCUUGGUGCCGCCCUUACGGAAGUACUGGUAAUUUCUCCCGACACUGGACCGGCGGCGUUAACCGUCGUGAGCGUCUACAUUCCUCCAACUUCCAGUUGUCCUCCCAGGUUCACCGCCUCCAUCGCUCCCUAUUUACUUUCGCGAGAGUUGUGGUGCUCUAACUUGGCGGCCGAUCCCAGGGUAGAAGUCUUGUCUAAUGGAUUAGAAGACGCCCGCUUCGCCGGCCUCAACGAGAACAGCCAAACGCGGCCCCCGACUAACGGUGCCUCCAGCUCGUCCAAUGUUUCGCUCGCUAGUCUCAGACUGGUAGCCAACACCGAGCCGAGCACAAAAAUCAGCUUGGGUAGCGAUUAA